AUGUCCAAUCGCGCCGAUGCCGGAUCUGGCCGAAUUCAUUUAUACGUCGGCAUCGAUUUUGGCACCACCUUUACAGGAGUAUAUUGGAUGGCACCUGGAUUAGAGGGGUGCGAAAUCACUCCGGUCCGUGACUGGCCCGGAGGCUACGGCGAAAAAGUCCCUACCAUCUUAGCCAAGGAAACGACUGAGAAUGAUAGAAUGUGGGGGUUCCUCUGUAACCACCUUGACGAGAGCAGCAAGUGGAGGUUCCUCAAGCUGUCCUUGGACCGCGACCCAGGCCUGCUCAAGGGGACUCCGUGGGCGCCGAACAGCCCAUCCGAGACUUAUGCUCUGGUGGAGGAGUAUCUUUGCCAGGUCUACCGCCAUAUCAGUCGGAGAAUCUCUAGUGAGAUUCUGAAUAGGUUUCCCUGGCUCGGGGGAUGGGAGAGCUGGGAAAUCGACUUCAUCUUUAGUGUGCCGGGAACAUGGAGUCCACCCGUCGUCCACCGCUUCUUGGACACGACUCUUAAAGCUGGAUUUGGUGGACAAGCUCACCAUAAAGUGGGAUUGGGGUUGACAGAAUCCGUGGCGGCCGUGGUUGCGGCUAGCGAGAUGAAUAUACCCUUCUCCGAAGGCGACACCGUAUUAUCCAUCGACGCCGGCGGCGGUACUACUGACCUUGCUUUCGUCACGCUUCAAUCCACGAAACCGGUCAUGAUGGAGCAGGUAUUACCCGCAACAGCCAUUGGAAUAGGCUCUGUAAUGAUUGACCUGACCUUCAAAAAACUUGUCGAGGCCCGCCUUGAGGAAUACACCAAGUCCCCAGACAUUUCAAAGGCGUGUGCCACGGAAAUGUCGCAAGGUAAGAAAUUCCAAACAUGGAAAUGCAAAUACGGCCCAGGACAAAAUUUAGAGAGAAAGAACGUGGUUGACACAAACCUUAUCGUCAAUGCGUUCGGCAACCUGCCAAUUCCGUUGAUGAAUGCCUUGACCGAGUUCAAGAGAGAGGAGUUGGAAGAGAUGUUUGACUGUCAACUACGGGGCAUCCAGGAACAUUUUAUGUCGGCGGUCGACGAAUUCGAAAAGGUCGGGGGGAAAUGUGUGAAGCACAUCGUUCUAUCAGGCGGUCUGGGGGCCUCUGACUACGUGUUCGAAAAACUGCAAGAGUUUCUGGAGUGGCUGAAGAGCAGAAGACCAUGUCUCGGCGAAGCUAAGCUUGUACGAUACAGUGAUCCCCCAACCGCCGUGGUCAGAGGUCUCCUUCACGACCAAAAGAAUGCUAUGUUUGGGCCCAGAGUUGCACGGGCUAGUUACGGAGUCGUUUCUGAGCAGGUGGAUUCCAACAACCGCCAACGUGGCAGAGACUCCCAGGGGCAGGUUGCGUGGGUGAUCAAGAAGGGCGAUACGAUCCAGCGCCAUGACAGAUUUCGUCUCAAAAUCGCGAGAACUUUUACCAGUGGCGAUCCAGAAGAGUGGACCGUGGGCAUUGUUUCCUCCUCACGCAGUCUAAAAUACCUCCCUGAGAACAUGCAACAGUGUAAGCCUACGAUCCCGCCGGAACUUACCAAGACUCUUAGACAUGCUGACUUCCUUGACAAUACCAGCGGGUGUGGAAGUGCUCUAUCAGGUCCCUAUCCCCCUCAUCGGUCCACCGACGGAGGUGAAGAGCAGGUUUGUCCUACUCCCUCGGUACCAGAAGUACGAGUGCGAGUUACAACUUGUCGUCGGAGACUCUGGUCAAUGCCUCGUUCACGUCGUCUCCAGCCGCGGAGUCCCCCUAGAAACCACUCAGGCAAGGCAUUUGAUAGCCCUUCAGACAUUUUCACGGCGCUAACCUUGCUCAGGUACAAUUGA